UUGCUUCAAAAGAAUGAUUGACAUGUCUUUUAACAACUCGCGAAACCAAUGAGCCAUACAUACUAACGUGGAGGGGAAAGAACUAGGUAGAAAAUAAACGAGGCGUUGCGGCGGUUUGCUGUUGCCUGAAUGGACGGGCGUUUCGGGCGACUUCGAUGCGAGAGAGUCAAUUUCUCUGCUUGGCUUUAGGUCCUAACAGUGAAAACUGAAAAUUCGCCCUUUGUAGAAAAACAUUCUGUCAGGCAAUGAAUCUACGGUUAGAUUUUUCCCUAUGAAACUGAGCCAAAAGUGUUAUAUAGUAUCUAAAUAUGGAAGUGUUGUACAUGUUAAACGUGAUCUUCGUUGCAUUACUUUCACUCUUUUACUACUGAAAUAAAGAGAUACUGAUUAUUUUGUAGAUUGAAUAAUCCUCCUUGUGAUCAUGAAAAGGAGCAAAAACUGGAAAACGAGAAAGAACUAGAAAAGAAGCGAGAACAGGAAAAGAUGCAAGAGCUGAAAAAGAAUCAAGAGCUGAAUAAAAAGGAAGAACAGGAAAAGAAGGAGAAACUGGAAAAGAAGCAAGAACUGAAAAACAAGAAAAAACUGGAAUUGACACAAAAACGAGAAAAGAAGCAAGAACUGAAAAAGAAGCAAAAGCUGGAAAAGAUACAAAAACGAGAAAAGAAGCAAGAACCGGAAAAGAUACAAGAAUUGGAAAACAUACAAGAAUUGGAAAAUAAGCAAGAACUGAAUAAGAAGCAAGAGCAGGAAAAGAAGCAAAAACUUGAAAAGAAGCAAGAACUGAAAAUGAAACAAGAGCAGAAAAAGAAGCAAAAACUGGAAAAGAAGGAAGAACUGAAAAACAAACAAAAACUGGAAAAGCAACAGAAACUAGAAAAGAAGCAAGAACUGAAAAAGAAGCAAACUCUGGAAUGGAUUCAAAAACUAGAAAAGAAAGAAGAACUAAAAAUUCAGAAACAACUGGAAGAGAUACAAAAACAAGUAAACAAAGAAGAACUGAAAAGGCAGAAGAAACUGGAAAAAAUGCAAAAACUAAAAAACAAAGAAGAACUGAAAAAGAAGAAGAAACUGGAAAAAAUGCAAAAAAUAAAAGACAAAGAAGAACUGAAAAAGAAGAAGAAACUGGAAAAAAUGCAAAUACAGGAAACGAAGCAAGAGCCGGAAAAGAUGCCAGAACUGGAAAAUAUAGACGAGUCAGAAAAGACGCAAUACCUGGAAAAGAAGCAAAAAACGGAAAAGAAUACAAAUCUGAAAAACAAGCUGGAACCGGAAAAGAACUGUCAAACCCGAAAAGGAAACCGGAUGAACUGCGAAAAGAGCCAGAACUGGAUAACGACUGUAGAACGAUUGAUUUAAUGACCAAACGAAGCAAGAACCGGAAAAGAAAAAUAGAACAAAUAAAUCAUAUACCACUGCAAAUAAUAGCACUGCAAACAUUAAAUAUCAACGUCAAAAAAGUAAACACCCUUCUUCAAGGGGGCCUUGCAAUACACUGUCAUAAUCCAGAAGAUAUAGAAAAAAAUCAGUUAUAACCUCAUUGCCAAAACAGUUGCAAAAGAUAUAGUUAACAUAAAAUUUCCUGAAGCCAGAAUACCAAAAUGCACAAUUCAUAAUAUUCCAAAAAAUUUCAACUCUGAUGAACUGAUUCAAAUUAUCGCCCAAGAAACAUAAUAUUUCCGAGCUAAGACCUUUAUUUAAACUGAAUGAUCAAAAUAAUAAAUGGAUCAUAAAAUGUCACGGUAAAACUUUCCAAAAUUUUAUGAGUAAAAAACAAAUAUAUAUUGGAUGGCGCACCAAUAAAAUAACCGAGUUUACCGGUGUACGCAGAUGUCAAAUCUGCCAGGAUUUCUCCCAUAAGACAAACAAACCAAAAUGCUCAUUCUUCAUCGGAAAUUAUCAUGUUUCUUGCGUUCUUCCCAAAAUCCGUACUGCAUAAACUGCUGGAUUAACAAUGAAAAGUAUGAAGCAAACUUUGAGUGUAAACAUCCAGCUUUAGCUAUUUCCUGGUCCACAUAUCAAACAGAAGUUAGACGAGUAAAAUCCAAUACAUAUUAUCAACAAUAAUACAAGAUCCUUCAGACUAUAUAUAGACCAUUUCCAUCAAUAAAAAGAAUAAUAAUGUCAUCCGCUUUCUCAAAAUAAAUCUUCAAAGAGAGAAGACCGCCACCGACCAACUAAGUCAGUAUCAAGUAGAUUAUCUGGCAGAUUUUAUUAUAACACAAGAAUCUUAUUGCAUCCCUGGCAAAGUAGGAAGAAUUCCAAAUAACUGGACAAUUAUUCAACGUCAUGCUUCAACCGGUGUUUUAUCUCCUCGUACAGCCAUAUUCAUUCCAAACAAUAAAUGGAAUUCUACAAUAAGGAUUAAUACUCGAGAUAUAAUCACAAUUUCAAUCAAUACUAAUGCAUCUCAGCUUCUUAUUACUAGUAUCUAUAUAUCUCCGUCAAAAAUCCAAAUCAAACCUUAUCCAUACUAAAUGAAAUCUUACAACAAUAAUAAUAGUCCGCAUGUUAUUAGUGGAGACUUUAACUCCCAUAGUACUUAAUGGGGAUACUUACAAACCGAUCACAGAGGAGAAAUACUUGAAGAAUUUUUAAAUGCAAACAAUCUCAUUCUACAUAAUCAUUUUACUGAGCGAUCUACCUCUGAUAAUACCUACAAUAAAGAUUGGACUGAUCUUCUUAUUUCUACAACACAUCUUGAUAAUAAAAUUAACAACAGAUCAAUACUAGAUGAACACUGAAUCUGAUAACAAAUAUAUCUCUUUUGAUAUAACUGAAUAUACGUCCUUUACUGCACUUACAAGAUAUAAAAUCAAUAAUAACAAAGAAAAGAAAUUUCAACAAAAGUUCAAUUCAAUUUCAAAUGACUUUCUAAAUUCUAUUAUUCUGUGUACAA